AAGCAGCCACAAUAGAGAGACCGGUGCAGCGUUCAAUGCAGUCCCCCGUUCUUCCUUCCGCCCUUAUUAAAAAUAAAUUACAGCUCCUGUAAUUAACCCGGCUGUUGAGAGCUGACGCGGGGCUACUCAGAAGCCCUGCAUCUGCAUUAAGUUCAAUGUCUUUUGAGGAUGUGGCUGUUGGUGUUUCAUGAAGGAACAACAAAUUGCUUCUGAUCCAAAUUGAUGAAAUUUCAUCCCAUUGCUGAUGAAAGAGAACCACAGGAGCAUGGCAUCCUUGGAAUUUCCUAGUGUGACAGUAAAGCUUGAAGAUGAAGAUGAAGAAGAGAUACCAUGGGUCCCGAAAACACAAGUAUCAGAGGAAAAGGAAACUUUCCCAGGUUCUCAUUCAGUAGGAUUUUUUGUUCCCAAAUCAGAAGUGAUCCAUGGAGGAGAUCCUUGGAUUCCAGAACCUGUUUCAGAAGAAAAGGAGAUCCCAGCAGACUAUGGCUCAGAGCUCCCUGAUGUGAUCAUAAAAUUGGAACAGGAAGAAGAGCCCUAUGUUCCUUACCACCCAGUUUCAGAGGCAAGUGUGAUAUUCAAAGGGUCCCAGUCAGGAGGUGGCCAUGAAAGGAUCUUUGUGGGAGAGCUUCCCUAUUACUCUGGCUGCGGGAGAAGCUUCAGUGAUAAACCGGACCUUAUCAAGCACGAGAGUGAAAGCACAGCUGACAAACCCCACAAAUGCUCCCGCUGUGCUAAAAGCUUCAUGAAAAGAUCAAACCUUCGGACCCAUGAGAGAAUCCACACUGGGGAAAAGCCGUUCCGUUGCUCAGAGUGUGGGAACAGCUUCAGCGAUGGGUCCAGCCUUAUUCGACAUAAGCGGAAACAUACAGGUGAAAAGCCCUACAGUUGCUCAUCCUGUGGGAAAAGGUUCAAUCAGAGCUCCAGCCUGAUCAGGCACGAGAGGAGCCACACAGAGCAGAGGCCGUAUAAAUGCUUGGAGUGUGGCAAAAGAUUUAAUCAGAGUUCGACACUGGUGCGGCACGAGAGGAUCCACCGGGAACAGAGGAUGUUUAAAUGCUCGGCCUGUGAUAAAAGAUUUAUCCAAAGCUCCAGCCUUCUCGCACACGAGAGGAUCCACAGGGGAGAGAAGCCAUACUGUUGCGACUUGUGCGGCAAAGGCUUUAUUCACAAAUCAAACCUGCUGAUUCAUGAGAUGAAACACACGGGUCUAAAACCAUUUAAAUGUCCGGACUGCGGCAAAGGAUUUAAUCAGAAUUCAAGCCUGGUCAUACAUAGGAGAAUUCACACGGGGGAAAAGCCCUAUAACUGCUCUCACUGCCGGAGGCCUUUCAGUGACAAAUCGAGCCUCAAUAAGCAUGAGAGAGCCCACCGAGGGGAUAAGCCGUACAAAUGUUCCAGCUGCGGGAAAUGCUUUGUUCGAAGGUCGCAUCUCUUGACGCACGAACGGAUCCAUACCGGGGUGAAGCCCUUCAAAUGCCCCGACUGCGGGAAGAGCUUCAGUAGCCGCUCACACCUGAUCAGGCACGAGGGAACCCACACGGGAGAGAAGCCCUAUGACUGUUCCUUUUGUGGGAAGAGCUUCAACAGGAAAUCCAACCUGACGAACCACGAACGGACCCACACUGGGGAGAAGCCUUACAAAUGCACUGACUGCGGGAAGAGCUUCAGCGACAGGUCGAGCCUCAUCAAACACGAGAGGAUCCAUACUGGCGAGAAGCCUUACAGCUGCACGGCCUGCGAGAAAAGCUUCAGCGACAAGUCCAGCCUCAUUAGGCAUGAACGAAUCCACACUGAAGAGAAGCCUUACAAAUGUUCGGAUUGUGGGAAAGGGUUCAACCAGAGCUCCAGCCUCAUUGUACACGAGAGAACCCACACGGGAGAGAAACCGUUUAAAUGCUCGGACUGUGGCAAGGGCUUCACCCAGGCUUCCAACCUUGUAGCCCAUAAGAGAAUCCACACCGGCGAGAAGCCAUACAAAUGCCUGGACUGUGGCAAAUGCUUCACCGAACGGUCCAACCUGAAUAGGCACCAGCGGACACAUUCGGGGGACAAACCCUAUCCGUGCCUCGACUGCGGGAAAAAUUUUGGCUUCGAAUCUGAUCUCAUUCGGCAUGAGAUUACCCACUUGGCAGAAAAGCCGUACAAAUGCUCCGAUUGUGGGAAGACCUUCAGCCACGCCUCGACUCUGAUUAGACACAAAAAUAUCCACACGGGAGAGAAACUCUAUUGCUGCAUCGAGUGUGGGAAAAGCUUCACUCAGAGUUCCUCCCUUCUCGCUCACAAAAGGCUCCACACAGGGGAGACCCCGUUCAUAUGUCCCGUUUGCGGGGAUACUUUCAACUGGAAGUCGCACCUGAUUACACAUGAAAGGACCCACACCGGAGAAAGGCCAUACACAUGCUCCAUGUGCGGGAAGAGCUUCAUGGAGAAGUCAAAGCUGAAUCGACACCAGAGGACCCACAUGGAACGGGAAGGUCAUGAGUGCGAAGACUGUGGGAAAGUCUUCACCAAUAAAUCCAACCUGGCGAGGCAUCAGAUAAUCCACAAAGGCACCCAGGCGUUCAUAUGCCUCACUUGCGGGAAAACCUUCAACCAGAUAUCCAAGCUGAUUCGGCAUGAGAGGGUCCACAUGAGCGAGAAGCCAAAUGAGUGGCCAGACGGCCAGACCGGGUACGAAGACGGCUCCUUCCUCCUUUCGGGCACAAAUCCACCCAAGCACCUUGAUUUGGAGAAUCAGUCUUCUAAAUAUCCCGACGGCAAAACAGACUAUAACCAUUGCUCCCUCAUUGCAGGAGUGAAUCCACACGGAGCCGCGCCAAUAGGAGACCAACUCGGCGAUUGGCAAAACAAUGAGACGACCGACGGUCACUGUUCACUCAUUGUUACUGCCGUGAAGGAGGAAGAUCAAUCAUAUGAAUGCUCGGAAAGUGAGUCCCGCUAUCAGAGUAGCCCGUUCUUUAUCAACAGCGGGAAUGCCCAGGAGGGAAAAGUGGUGAAGACCCAACUCUUCAACUGCCUUGUUGGUCAGAAAACAUCCAAUAAUCUGCCUCUCCUUAUAGAGAGACGAGAGAGCUCCCCAGGGGAGGAGAAAGAGUUUAAUUGUUCCGAGUGCGGGAAGAACUUUAACUGGAAGUCCCAUUACGUCCGGCACAAGAGGAUUCACACGGGAGAAAAACCGUACGACUGCCCAGAUUGUGACAAAAGCUUCAGCCGGCGGUCGCACCUUGUUCGGCAUGGGAGAACCCAUACUGAGCUGAGCUUGCAUUUACAGGCCGAGGAGGAAGCCUUAGAUCAGGAUGCCGGUGCUAUGAGCGCAAGUGAAUCCGUAGAAGGAAAUCAGAUUGACCCACUGUCGGUUGAAACUGAGGCUCAGAAUGUAUGAAAACUGGCACACAGGAGAGAAAAUCUGUAAUUGAAAAAAACCUACAAAGAUAUAUGUUAGUGCUUAAUAUAGACAAAAGAUAUUGUAGCUGAAAUUCACACAAAGAAAAAUCUGCUCCUGGAUUUAACAAAUCUUACUAAAAUGAGACUCUAUAAUUGACUGCUUCCUUGUUUAAAACGUCACAGAAUAUGCCCUGCAUAUAGAAAUCUAGCUAAUCAGGUAGAAGAAAUCUUGACUAGUGUUCGCACCAACAUACUUGUUUUUCAUGCAUAUGCAUUCCUCCACCCAAACUCUGAUGUGGUUAUAUUGCAUUUUUACAUCUCAUUUGCAUUUUGUGUGAAUCCUGUUCACUGCCAAACUGUGAGAAAAGUUCUUAAAAGUCUCCAGUCCAGUUCUAGAACUUCUAAUGUAGAUACACCUUCUGAUUUCGUUCUCCUCCUGGACUGUGAGCAAAACUUUGUGCUGAGAUCAUGCCUUACCAGACACCAGGGGAUCUGUCUCUUGAGGUCCAAACCUUGCUGUCUGCCAGAAAAAAGACUUCUGCAAGAAAAGCUUUACAGUUUUGCAUUUCAGAAUCCAACAAUCAAUGUCCAUUGAUCCCAGCAGGCUUUAACAAACCUAACUCUUGAUAAGAUAAGAUUCUAUAUCUCUAUAGUAUUGUAACAAUUUCUUUUUAGACAGCAAAAAUCCUCCAAUGUAUAACAUUCUUUUGUCAAACUAAAAAUCCCUCAACCACCCACUGAGGUGGAUGCUAUGCUACAAUCUUGCCUGGCUCACUCAUUUUUCACAUCAACCGUCUCUCACAAAGCUGUUGUUGAAGGCUUUUAUGGAUGGAAUUGCUGGGUUGCUGUGAGUUUUCUGGGCUCUCUGGCCAUGUUCCAGAAGCAUUCUCUCCUGAUGCUUCAUCCACAUCUAUGGCAGGCAUCCUCAGAGGUUGUGAGGUCUGUUGGAAACUAAGCAAGUGAGAUUUUUCUAUCUGUGGAGGGUCCAAAUUUUCUCCUCAAAUAUUCAUCUUUCCCAUUGGCUCACAGGUGGCCCCUUGGAGUAUUUCUCCUCAGCUUUCUGAUAUUCAAUCUGAUCUAGAGCUGCAAUGGCAUAAAUGAUGGCCUCUGGGAAGAGGACGUCCAAGAUGAAGUGGACCCUGUCCCCGCAGAAGCUUGGAAGGAUUUUUUUUGCCUGUCUAGUGAUACAUCUCCUCCAAAGAGUAGAAGACCAGGUCUUGCUGGGCGUCAUCCUCCCAAGUAGGUCUCAAAUGAGGCGCUGGUGGCCAAGGAGGAACUGGGCUAGCCACAGCGAGGACUUUGCCGCCGCAGGUGCUCCUCAGCCCCCUGAGCCUUGACAAUGAAAUCAAUCAGCUUUUGGUUGGCCAUGUCCCUGGCCGCCCUUGUCCGGUCAGGGAGCAGCUUCUUGGUCCGCUUCGGCUGAGACGCCCUGGAGGGAGUGCCCUGGCCCUCUUCCUCCUCGGUGUUUAGGAAUUUAAUCAGAGACAAGUGCAGGAGGACUUCAUUCUGCCCCGGAAAGCUCAUGGCGUUGGAACAAUACUGUAAGAAGGACCCCGCGAACCAACUCUGAUCCGGUAGUUCUCUAUUAAAUUGUUGCACCAGUUGAUGUGCUUGUACUUUACUUGGGCUGCAUCUAUUGCAUCUUUGCAAUCCAAGUGUUUCAGGUUUCUCAGACAGACAGAGAAGCCUUUGCCCUUCUCCAUGCUGUUCUCGAUGAAGACCACGCUGGCCUAGGUUUUCCACUUAAUGCUCUUCACCACAGCAGGCCAAUAUGGGUAUCUCGCACCUUGCACCAAACCAGCUUCCCUACUUCAAUAGAACUGAGUUCUUGAGGCAGGAAGAAGCCAGGCAACUCCUCAUCCUUAUCGCUGCUAAAAGUGAGGCGGAAGGACCUCUCUCUGACAGGACUCCAGGUCUUCUCCAACAUCGGUGCUUGGAAACUUUGAUGGUUCCUCGUUGAGAAUCCAGCUUUCCUCUCCCUUCCCUUCGAAAGGUGGUCCCUCCAGAUCCAAGUAGCCUUGCAACUUCAGAGCCUGAUUGCUUCCUGCCUGGAGGAAUCAUUUGUUGGGAGGUGUUAACUGCCUCUGAUUUUUGUCUUGUCUGGAAUUCCCCUGUCUUCUGAAUGUUGUUCUUUAUUUACUGUCUCGAUUUUAGAUUUUUGAAAUGCUGGUAGCCAGCUUGUGUUUAUUUUCUUGGUUUCCUUCUUUCUGUUGAAAUUGUCCACAUGCUUGUGUAUUUCAAUGGCUACUCUGUGUAGUCUGACACAGUUGCCUAGUUUCCAAAAGAGAAAAGAACUCCAAGACCUGAAACCUGUGAGUUUUUUUCUCCCUUCCCUUACAGUUUCCUCUCCUAAUCAUCUCUCACUUUAAUUACAGGGACAGAAGUAGGGAAAAAGAAAAAGUAUGUGUGUUUGAAAGCCUGCUUACUGCCGCUAAGCAGUGUUGGGAACCCUGAACCAGACCAUGGGGCUGUCCCAAAAUAUUUUGCUGUCUGAGGCGCAGUAGCAAAUCUUUUAGAUUUUAGAGGGUCUUUUUAAUACUUUUUUUUAACACCUCCCAACAAAGGAUUUCCCCAGGCAGGAAACAGCCAGGCAUUGAAGCUACCAGGCUAUUCAGUGCUAAUCAAGCUGGCCAGUUGCAACGUUUGCAUUUGCCUCUUACAGACGAGAGUUCUUUUUCCCACCCUGGACCUUCCACAGCUAUAUAAACCCCACUUGCCUAGUUUCCAACAGACCUCACAACCUCUGAGGAUAUCUGCCAUAGAUGUGGACGAAACGUCAGUAAAGAAUACUUCUGGAACAUGGCCGUACAGCCCGGAAAACUCACAGCAAUUCUCACAAAGAUGUUCUGUACUUGUUGCUUUUUCUGCUUCCUCUCUUCUGCCUAACUCAGGAGGAAUCCUUCAGCCGAAGCCACAGCCUGGCAACUGGACUCCCCCACAUUCCCGGACCCGGCACUUCACCACUUCACCUAAUAGCUGGUAGACUAUUAGAGAAUUGUGGGAGUUGAAGUCUAGAACACCUGGAGGACUAAAAUUUGCUCAUGCCUGUUAUAAGUCUUCUAAUACAAGAAGAAGGGCAGUUCUCGUAGCAGUUCAUUACAAGCAACUAAAAUAUUCAUAUAGAACAGGUAUGGGCAAACUUUGGCCCUCCAGGUGUUUUGGACUUCAAUUCCCGCAAUUCCUAACAGCCAGUAGGCUGUUAGGAAUUGCGGGAGUUGAAGUCCAAAACACCUGGAGGGCCAAAGUUUGCCCAUGCCUGAUAUACAAUGACACAAUUCCUAAUUUUUGAUGGACAAUUCUUUGAUUUAUUUCCAAAACCUCGUCGGAUGAUCCGACUUCUUAAUGAGACAUGAUAUUGCUGAUUAUAUCUAAACUAGCUUAGAAAUGUUUAUUUUAUUUUACAUGAAAAUAGGUAAUGUGUCUUCCUGCCACUUCUUUACAUAUUGUUCCAGUAAAUCGGGACUGGGAAAGGUAUCACUCCAGAUGUUGCAGUUCCCAUCAGCUUCAUGACCAACUCUCACAGACGAUGUGUGUCUGGAGUUCAAUCAAUAUGUAGUACAUGAAGGGAUAGGAGUUGUUCCUGCGCUGGACUGCUUGAGAUUCUAUACUUCAGGAAGAUCACUUAUUGGAAAGUUUCUUGAAUAUGGAGCACCAAAUGCCAGGGACAUAAGAUAAUAAAAAAUCUUGUGGCUCAUUAA